ACCAUAGAGCUCCAUCAUAGAAGAGCUCCAUCAUAGAAGAGCUCCAUCAUAGAAGAGCUCCAUCAUAGAGGAGCUCCAUCAUAGAAGAGCUCCAUCAUAGAGCUCCAUCAUAGAAGAGCUCCAUCAUAGAAGAGCUCCAUCAUAGAAGAGCUCCAUCAUAGAAGAGCUCCAUCAUAGAGCUCCAUCAUAGAGGAGCUCCAUCAUAGAGGAACUCCAUCAUAGAAGAGCUCCAUCAUAGAGCUCCAUCAUAGAGCUCCACCAUAGAGGAGCUCCAUCAUAGAAGAGCUCCAUCAUAGAAGAGCUCCAUCAUAGAAGAGCUCCAUCAUAGAGCUCCAUCAUAGAAGAGCUCCAUCAUAGAGGAGUUUAUCUGAACAGAGAGGAGCUCCACCAUAGAGGAACUCCAGACUCUCUUCAUCCAUCAGGAGGAAAACAUGAACGUCCAGCAGCUCCUCAUCUUCUGUUUAUCAGCAGCGAUACUGGACUCAAAUCUCAGCACUGCACAAACUAAAGUCUUCACAAAACUGGAAGGAGAAGUUCUCAGAGAGCAGUUUAGGUUUUCCAGAGCACCUCAGAGUGGCAGGAAGUUUCUGUGCAGGAACGAGUGCAACCCUGAAGACGUCCUGAUAGAGACUGAAGGAAACCGAGCGGUGAGCGGCAGAUUCACCAUCAGAUACGACCAGAGCCUCAGGAACCUCCACGUGGUCGUCACGGAGCUGAGGAAGGACGACACCGGGCGAUACAGAGUCGGCAUCAGAGGAUCUUCAUCCUCUCAGGGCCUUUACCAGGAGUUUACACUUAAAGUCAGAGGUCUGUGUGACGGAGGUGUCAUUUCUGCAGAACCCAGAGUCUACAGAACCACCGAAGGAGGAGAAAUCACCGUCAGAUGCUCGCUGCCUGUACAACAGCGAAACAGGAAGUUCCUCUGCAGGGACGACUGUAAGAACUUCCUCUUCGACACCAACGACCCCAGAGCCUCCAGCGGCAGGUACAGCAUUGAGUUUUGGGACCAGUCGUACUUUAACGUGACCAUCGGACAGCUGAGUGGGGCGGACUCGGGAACGUACAGGUGUGGAGUGGGACGACAGCGAGAGGAAAACAUCUGCCGCCAGUUUGAGAUUGUAGUUACAGGCGUAGACAACAGGUUGCCUCUGGUUGCUGCCUGUAUGUCUGUGGUUGCCGUGCUGUCGGUUGUUUCUCUGCUGCUCGUCUACAGACUAAAGAAGAAAUGCGACGACGCUGAGUACGCAAACACCGGCAGGAACACCGAGGCCGUCAUCUACGACGACUGCGACGGCGGUUUUAGACGGGAAGCUUCGACCUACCAGGAGCUGGAUGUGCAGAGCAGGGAGGAGAAUCUGUACUCAUCACUGGAGAUUCUACCAAACCACCACCAAUAAUCAGUCCAUGAUCCACAGAUAUUCAGUAGACGAUCGAUGCAUGAUCGAUAGAUGAUCCAUAGACAAUCAAUAGACGAUGAUGUUUAAAGAAAAACCAUGUCUGUGAUUCUCAGGGUCAGAAUUCUGCAUGCAAAGUGCUGGAAUGAUCUGAAAACAGUGAUUUUUAAACAUAUCUGAAGCUCAUAAAUGCGAUUUUUACUGUACUUUUGUUUGAGUUUUUACUUAUUUGACCCCAAAAAUAUCUUCUAACAUCAUAGCUAAUAAAAUAACUUAAAAAGCAACUAUAAAAUAAAGACAAAAUUACAGAUUUGUGGGAAAAUAAUCUUGCAAAAGGUGAAACAAACGGCAAACAUUAAGACGUCUGUCAUUAAAGUGGGUUUAUGUUGUUCACAGUUAUACCAAAUGUAAGAUGCGGGAAUAAAAAAAAAAAUAACUGAAGGAUUGUGGAGGCAAAAAAAACAUUUUAUUUUCUAUUUUUGGUCAAGAAAUUACACUUUUGUUUCUGUUUUCAGAAAUAAAGAAGGUGAGUUAAAUUUGUCUUAACUUGGUUUGAUUCUUAGUUUAAUUCACAGUAAACUUAAUUUUCCCUCCAGUUUAGUUCAAAUCACUUCCAUAAAUCAAUCAAUAAAUAUCUGUAAAUAAAUGGUGAAAAUCUGGCCGAACAAAUUCAUCCAAAGAUAAAUAAAAAAAGAAGUCAAACUGGUGGAACAAUGUGACGUUCAAACACCAUGAAAACAGUCAAAGCAGCAAAUAUGUGUUAAAAUUAUAGUUUUAGUUCAUUUAGAUCAACUAUUUUACAGUUACACACUGUAAAAGAACAAUUUACUAUUUGUAUUUGUCAGUUCAAAUUUUUUUAAAGUUAAAGGUGAAAUACGUUCUUUUUCAUGAUUUUAAAUCAUGAAAAUACAUAAAUUCGCAUUG